AUGCAGAAAACAAACCAAUCAGUAUCCACGUUCAUCCCCAAAGUUCAAAUUCACCCUUCAGCACUUGUCAAUAUAGCUUAUUAUAUGGUUCAAUACAGCAAUGUCCUUCAACCCAAGCUUGGAAUUUUGAUGGGGCAUACAAUAUCUGAUGUCUUUAAGAUAGAUAUCUCAUUUGAAGCAAUUUAUUCAAAUAGCCCUGAAGGAAAAGAAAUCGACGAUAAGAAGACACAGGAAAAAAUAGACACUAUUUCAAGAGCGAUUCCCGAUUGCAAAUUUUUGGAUUAUAUCUAG